GUUAUUCAGCAGACUUGGCUAAUUAGGGACAAUGUGUCUAAUUCGGGCAUAUCCAAAAAUUCUAUAUGACGUAAUUCCAUAAAUUGUAGUAUAUCUCCAGUUAUAGUUCAUUUAAAUAGCUAGUGAGAAAUGCGCAUAUGUUACAAAUUUAAUAUAACAUGCAAUAUACAUGGUCUACAGACUCCUGUAGAACUUUGAUAGCUCAGCUGAAAUCAAUUUUCCUGUACUAUGUGAGCGGAUGCGUAGAGGUUUGACGAGAAAACUUUCAGACACUCAAAAGCUGCUGAACCCUCCGACGCGGCGUGUUUGUAUGCGUGUUUCCUAGUGCUUGCCAAUUUUUAAACAAUAUCGGAAAUCGGAAUGUCGUCGUCGGAAGUAAGUGGCAAAUUGCCAAAGCCUCAGAUGCGCAGCUUAUUACAUUCGCAAAUCAAGAGAAAUCUGCUGUUCACUGGAAUUUCUGUCGUGAUAGCUGGAUGUUACAUGAAAUUUGUCUAUAGCGAUAGUAACAAGAAAGCAUAUGCUAAUUUCUACAGAGACUACGAUAUCGAGAAGGAAUUUGAAACAAUGAGAAAGAAGGGACUGUUUGAUUCAUGUGAUACAGACUAGAGAUCAGUGCAUUCAAUUAGUGAAGUCAAAGUUUAGCCUAGCAUACCUGUAUAAUUGUAAUAUAUUUAUAUUUAAGAUUUAUUACUAUGUAUAUACCUACAUUCAAAUCGGCACCUUCGUCCUUUUUUGCCGAUUUCGGGUACCAAGACUUAAACUAACACAAUGGUUGAAACUUGACGUACAACGAAUGUUGCAAAGUCAUUCAGCCGGCUCCAUACAUUUCCCUAUAUCAGAUGUGAUAUGCCCAGAUAUAUUUUCCAGAAAAUUUUAAAUUUGCUCAUGUCCAGCACAUCCUAAAAAACCUACACAGCUACAGGCCUAUAGCUUGGCUUUCUGUUCUGCUUUUGACCACAGAAGUCCUACUACAGAUACAUUUCUUUGGGAUCAGGCUGCGUCUCUUCCUGAUAUCUUAGAAUCCGGCACUUACACAAAAAAACUGUCGAGCCCCCCCCCCAAAAAAAAUGAUCUAAAACCGACUCUUACAACUACAGGCUUACUGCCAUGCUUUCUGUUAUAAGUAAAGUGAUGGGGAGGUGCAUAAAUUGAGAGCUUAUGUAGUACCUUGAACGUCACAUUUUGAUUAGCGUCAACCAGCAUG